AUUAUGUAUCCCCAUUCGCCAUUCGAAAUGGAUAUGAAUAGGAAUUGACUGCCUGUACAUCCGAUGCCCUGAUUUGGUAGGCAGGUGGGCGGUGUUUCAAGCAGUCCCUUGGUUCCCGCGCUCCCAUUGGCUGACGAGCGUGUGGGGCGGAUUGGUGAGACGUCACCCGCAUCCAGGAUUAACCUGUUUUUUUCUGUUUUGUAUUUUUUUAUGUCACCAUAUUAUGGCGACUCUCUCCUUUUUGGAGUAGAUUGUCACUAGAAAGUGACGUUUGUUACAACUCCUCGCGAGGUUUCCGAAAUCGCUUUGGAUCGAGAAGAUUCCGGAGGAGCGCGACGACAUCGAUGAGGCGCGCUCGCGUCGGCUGUCGCGCAGAUGGGGGCCGACGGCAGCAAGAAGAAGCCGGCUGAUGGCCGGGAGCAAGAGCCCCUCUCUUCAGGCUGGCGUAGCUUCCUGUCCAGCAUGGGCCUGUCACUCCCCGCCACCUUGUGCCGCCUGGCGCCGCCAGCUCUGCGCAUGGGUCAGCGGCGCAUGCUCCAAGCCGGGUCGCCUGACAUACCCGAGCACGUCCUGAGGCUGGCAGGCGUGGGCCCUGAAAAGCUGAGGUCCGAGUGGAGCCUGCCGGGCCUCAAUGCCAUGUUCCUGCCCGAGUUCCCCCACAGGGCCUUGCCUGGACAAGAGCACUUUCAGGUGUUAGGUUACAUCGCCAAAGGUUCUUUUGGACCAAUCCUCAAGGUCAAGGACAAGACCAAACAGAGAACCUAUGCGGUCAAGGUGAUACCAAAAUCUGAGAUCCUCCGACUGGGCGUGCUGGAGCAGUCGAAAGAAGAGGUGAUAGUUCAGCGUCAGAUUCGCCACCCGUUUGUCCACGACCUGCAGGACUGUUGGCAGACGCAGCGUCACCUCUACAUUAUGUGCGACUACUGCGGCACCGGCGACCUGUACACUUACUGGCAGAUGAUCGGACUCUUCGCCGAAGACACGGUGCGGGUGUUUGCCGCCGAGCUGGGCUGCGCGCUGGGAUUUCUUCACGAUUUUGGUGUCAUUCACAGAGAUGUGAAGAUGGAGAAUAUCCUGCUGACAGAUAGUGGACAUCUCCGUCUGGCAGACUUUGGUUUGUCCCGUCGCUUGGAGCGAGGAGGGCGGGCUUUCACCAUCUGCGGUACCAUUCAAUACAUGGCCCCCGAGGUGCUUAGCGGCGGUCCCUACAAUCACGCGGCCGAUUGGUGGUCGCUGGGAAUCCUGCUCUUCUCGUUGGCUACCGGCAAGUUCCCCCUGCCUCCAGAGCAGGACCACUGUGGCAUGCUGAGGAGGGUGAGGUCUUUUCCCUACGAAAUGCCCCUCAGCCUGAGCCCCCCUCUGGCCAUGCUCAUCACAGAGCUGCUGUGCAAAAUGCCCGCACGCCGACUUCGCACCCUGGAUCGCUUCCAACGCCAGACCUUCUUCCGUGGACUCAGCUUUGACCAAAACCUGCUGCAGCGCCACCCUGUGGAGGUGAUUCUGGAGCUGAGGGAGCGCCCCGACCGUGCCGCCAAAGCCCGCCGAGGCCUCGCGCUUUCACUGCAGCCGUUCAACGGCUUCGAUUACGACUCAAUACUUAGUCCGCCGAACACGCCUGACGCGCAGCUGCAGGGAGCCGCCCCGCGUCGGGAGGUGUUUGUUUGACUCUGAACGCCAACAAUCAUGACAGCUUGCAACAGUACGGUACAGACUUCCCAAGGCUUCUCUUGACAAAAUGGCUGGUCCAUACCUACAAUGGCCGUAUGUCCUCCAUUGUUGUUUACUGUGUGGCCGUACGCUACACUCACUUUCAGGUUUACCCUUUCACAAUGUUACAUGCUGAACUGGACCGCUGACCCGAUCUGCAGAAAGAAUGUCAGGGACCCAUGUCUGAAAUUCAAUGGGAAGUCAGGAGGACAUAUUUGAAGCAGCCAUUUUGAAGCAAAUUCCAGGCCUCCGACUUGGAUGAACUCAGGCAAUGUCAUUUGCCCAAAUGACUCCUGAAUGAACCUUCUUUAUGGGGGCUUCAACAUGCCUGUAAACUGAAGAAA